GGAGUCGUCUGCCUUCCGCUUCUCGGCUGGAUUGACACACAAUGAGGACCCAAGGCUGGAAAGACGCUCAUCAAACGCCGCUGUAAAUAAAAACAACAAAUCACUGAGGCCAGUGAAACAUGGAGAAUCAGUGCACAGUGCAGGUGAAACUGGAAUUGGGCCACAGAGCUCAGCUGAGGAAGAAAGUCACAUCAGAGGGCUUCACCCACGACUGGAUGGUUUUUGUCCGAGGGCCAGAGAACGGCGACAUUCAGCACUUUGUAGAUAAGGUUGUCUUCCGCCUGCACGAGAGCUUCCCCAAACCUAAAAGAGUAUGCAAGGAGCCCCCAUACAAAGUGGAGGAGUCGGGCUACGCAGGCUUCCUCAUGCUCAUUGAGGUCUACUUCAAGAACAAGGAAGAGCCAAAAAAGGUGUGUUUCAACUAUGACCUAUUCCUGAACUUGGAGGGCAAUCCACCUGUUAAUCACCUCCGCUGUGAGAAGCUCACCUUCAACAACCCCACCAAAGAUUUCAGGAAAAAGCUGAUCAAAGCUGGAGGGGUAUUGGUUGUUCCGGAGGUGGCCGAAGCAGUGUCCAGGCCCAGUCCAGACUAUCCAAUCCUCCCCACCAUCCCCCUCUCAGCAUUCUCAGAUCCCAAGAAAACCAAGACCUCUCAUGUGUCAAAGGAACCCAGUAAAGAAGGAGGCGGCGGCGGCGGCGGCGGGAGCAGCAAAGGACCCAAACCGCACAAGAUGACCAAGGAGCACCGCGAAAGACCCCGAAAAGACUCUGAGAGUAAAGCCUCGUCCAAAGGCGACAACGACAGAGAUGGAAGCGGCAAAAGCGGACGUGACUCUUCCUCAACCUCGUCUUCGAAAAAGCCCUCAGACAUCAAAGUUAAAGAUGAAGUCAAAGUCUUGCCCAAGGCAGCUUUCAAGGAGCCCAAGCUCACCCUGAAGGAGUCAAAGAUGGAGGGCAUGUCUCCAAAAGGAGGGGGGGCUGGGAGUGGAGGGGGUGGCGGUGGAGGAGGAGGAGGAGGGGGAUCUGCAGAAUCCAAAGCCCCCAGCAAAAGACCCUCGACUGUGGAGUCUCCCAAACCCAGUGCCAAGAAGCAGAAAAAGGGCAGCUCCGAGGGUCCCAAAGGCCCGUCUGGCGCCGCUUUCACAGGUUCCCCUCGCGUGUCAUCAUCAUCCGCUGCCACUCAACCCUACGCCGACAAGAAACACUCCAAGGAAAAAGGUCGCUGGGCCAAAAGCAAAAACGACACACAGGAUUUGAAAGAACCCAAGAAACUUCCCGAGUCAGAAGAUUCCAAUUCAGAGGAUGAAGCAUCUUCAAAGUCUGAGCAGUCGGCUCCUUCCAGUCCUUCAAACUCGAGUUCCAGCUCCGACUCCAGCUCAGACUCGGACUUUGAGCCGGGACAGAAACCAGGACAAGGUCCCUUGCGAUCCAUGGUGGAGGAGAUCCAGUCAGAGGAGUCGGACGAUGACGACAGCAGCUCGGAGGAGGGGACCCCCGUCAAGACCAAUCCUCCCAAUCGCGACUCUCGACUGAGCCUGGACAGCGAGAGUGACAGCAGUGACGGGUCGCACCGCCCCAGUCGAGACCCGGCCCCACCCCCGCAGAAACACAGCUCCUCCAAUAAUAAAGUGUCGGGCCGAAAGAGCCCGGACUCCUCGUUCCGUUCGGAGAAGGUGUUGAAGAAGGGAUACGACAAGGUAGGAAGGGCCUACACAGAAGAGUUAGUGGACCUACAUCGCAGACUGAUGGCUUUAAGGGAGCGCAAUGUCUUGCAACAGAUCGUCAACCUGAUUGAGGAGACGGGCCACUUCAACGUGACCAACACCACUUUUGACUUUGACCUCUUUUCGUUGGACGAGUCCACCGUCCGCAAACUACAGAGCUACCUGGAGGCGACGGCCACGUGACAGGAAGCGGAGCCGGAGAUGGCCGUAUCUCCUCGAGGAGCAGCUCCUUCAUCGCUCAACAGCAAGCAACGUAACCACACACACGCGUAAGAACAAAGAAGCACACACGAAGACGCUGCCGCCGCCGCCGCCACCGCACCUUGAUGACACGCUGGCGAGGGGCAGCAGGGGAACCCGUGGAGGAAGGGGAGGACGGCGUGAGCGGGAGAGUCCGAGAUGGCAGCAGGAGAGGAGCGCCGCAGGAAGUUAACGGCAUGCCGGACCCGUGGAAUUCAGCCGCCCCCCCUCGCACACCCUUCAGCGCGUCACACUCGUCCUCCUCCUCCUUCUUUCCAUUCACACUCCUUCCCGGCCAGAUCACUCCACAUCCCAUCCCCCUGCAAUCAGCCGCAUUGGGCCUUGGCAGUUACUGACUUUUCUUAUUUUGGAACGCACACGCAUGUGUACAUGUGGAAGCAAGCGUGCGGGCGUGCGUGCGUGCCUGCGUGUUUGGAUGGCAUCGCUGCUCUCCCAACAUCCCAACAUGCAUGGUGUUGACUUUGCUCUUGCACUGAAAGCUGAGCCCUGACCUCACGCCAAUGCCUCUCCAAA